CAAUAUUUUUUGAACUCCGUCACGCACCUCCGUCUUGCGAGCCGCCACUACCGCGACAAACGACAAUGUCAUUGUCAGACGAUACCUUGAGAAAGAUCCUGGUUCAAAUCCAGCAAACGGCUGUUCAAUCACAAAGAGCAUUGAGUCUAUCCCAGCAACAAACCCAAGCAAAGGAACGAGACAGGCGGAAGAUCCAAUUGACGAUAAAGGAGCUUGAGACCAUCGAAGGCGACGUGAAUACGUAUAAGGGUGUCGGGAAGAUGUUCAUGAUGGUCCCUCGCAAGGAAAUGGAGAACGAUUUGAAGGCUCAAGAGAAAGAGCUGAGUGAUGAUAUCAGCAGUCUUAAUAAAAAGUCAAAAUAUCUCGAGAAACAAUUCAACGAUGCGCAGGCUCAGUUGCGCGACAUCUUCCACCAUUCACCGAAGCAAUAGGAUGUCUCUAUCUUUCCGGUCUCUUUCUAGCAAUGUACCAUUACAAUACGACAUUUUACGUCCUCACUGAGAUUCCGCUGGAAACAGAUAUACCAGAGCAGUUGUAUUGGUCGACUCUACAGAUCUUAUAUAUCAUCUUCUGGACC